CGCUACGGUGGCCCGUAGGAGCAAGAACGCCAGUCGGCUCCUGUCGGCUCACAGUCUGGGACUCCCCGCAAAGAGGAAUUGAGUUCACGAGGCAAAGCGCUGUCCGGCUUUUGUUUUGUUGUGUUUUGUUUGUUUAUCUUCACCGAAGUGGACCUGCCGAGGCACUUAGUUAAAACUGGAGGAUUUGCUGCCGCUUCUAUGGCGACCUCACAGACUUCACAAACUGUUGCAGCUCAUGUCCCAUUUGCAGAUUUAUGUUCCACGUUAGAACGAAUACAGAAGAGUAAAGACCGAGCAGAGAAAAUCAAACACUUCAAGGAAUUCUUAGACUCUUGGAGAAAAUUCCACGAUGCCCUUCAUAAGAGCAAGAGGGAUGUUACGGACUCAUUUUACCCAGCAAUGAGACUUAUUCUUCCUCAGUUAGAAAGAGAGCGGAUGGCUUAUGGAAUCAAAGAAACCAUGCUCGCUAAGCUUUACAUCGAACUGCUGAAUUUACCAAGAGGAGGCAAGGACGCCUUGAAGCUCCUUAACUACCGAACACCCAGUGGAGCUCGCACGGAUGCGGGGGACUUUGCAACGAUCGCAUACUUUGUGCUGAAGCCGCGGUGCUUACAGAAAGGAAGCUUAAGCAUACAGCAGGUGAAUGAACUCUUAGACUUAGUUGCCAGCAGUAAUUCCGGCAAGAGAAAAGACCUGGUGAAAAGGAGCCUUCUUCAGCUAAUCACCCAGAGUUCAGCCCUCGAGCAAAAGUGGCUGAUUCGCAUGAUUAUUAAGGACUUGAAGCUGGGUGUCAGCCAGCAAACCAUACUUUCUGUUUUUCACAGCGAUGCAGUUGAGUUGCACAACGUCACCACAGAUCUGGAGAAGGUCUGCAGGCAACUCCACGACCCCUUGGUGGGGCUCAGUGACAUCUCCAUCACUUUGUUUUCUGCCUUUAAGCCAAUGCUAGCUGCCGUGGCAGAUGUGGAGCGCGUGGAGAAGGACAUGAAGCAGCAGAGUUUCUACAUCGAGACCAAGCUGGAUGGUGAGCGCAUGCAGAUGCACAGAGAUGGGACCCAGUACAAGUACUUCUCCAGAAAUGGCUAUAACUACACUGAUCAGUUUGGGGCGUCCCCUCAGGAAGGCUCUCUCACCCGGUUUAUCCAUGGCGCAUUCAGGCCGGACGUGCAGGCCUGCAUCCUCGAUGGUGAGAUGAUGGCCUACAACCCAGCCACACAGACGUUCAUGCAAAAGGGGAUCAAGUUUGAUAUCAAGAGGAUGGUUGAGGAUUCCGACCUCCAGACGUGCUACUGUGUUUUUGAUGUGCUGAUGGUUAACAAUAAGAAGCUGGGUCGUGAGACCCUGAGGAAGAGGUACAACAUCCUUAGCAGUACUUUCACACCCAUCCAAGGUCGGAUAGAGAUAGUGCAGAAAACGCAAGCUCAUACAAAGAAGGAGGUAGUAGAUGCAUUAAAUGAAGCCAUAGACAAGAGAGAAGAAGGGAUCAUGAUUAAACACCCUCUGUCCAUUUACAAGCCGGACAAAAGAGGUGAAGGCUGGCUGAAAAUUAAGCCAGAGUAUGUCAGCGGAUUAAUGGACGAACUAGACCUUUUAAUUGUGGGGGGCUACUGGGGUAAAGGUUCACGAGGAGGCAUGAUGUCUCACUUCUUGUGUGCAGUGGCAGAGACGCCGCCUCCUGGUGUUAAGCCAUCUGUAUUCCACACUCUGUGCCGUGUUGGAUCGGGCUACACCAUGAAAGAACUGUAUGAUCUGGGCUUGAAGCUGGCCAAACACUGGAAGCCUUUCCAUAAGAAAUCUCCUCCAAAUAGCAUUUUGUGUGGAACAGAGAAGCCGGAAGUGUACAUCGAGCCCCAUAAUUCUGUCAUUGUUCAGGUCAAGGCUGCAGAGAUCGUCCCCAGCGACAUGUACAGGACUGGCUCCACACUGCGCUUCCCACGCAUCGAGAAGAUCAGGGAGGACAAAGACUGGCAUGAGUGCAUGACACUGGCAGACUUGGAACAGCUGAGGGGAAAGGCGUCUGGGAAGCUUGCCACAAAACACCUGCAUGCAGGUGAUGACAAUGAGCCUAGAGAAAAGCGGCGGAGACCCGUCCCCAAAAUGAAGAAGAUCAUUGGAAUUAUUGAACACUUCAAAGCACCUAACCUUUCUAACAUAAGCAAAGUUUCAAAUGUGUUCGAGGAUGUUGAGUUUUGUGUUAUGACUGGACUGGAUGCUCAUUCAAAGUCUGACCUAGAGAGCAGAAUUGCAGAAUUUGGUGGUUACAUAGUGCAGAACCCGGGUCCAGAUACAUACUGCGUGAUUGCAGGCUCUGAGAACAUCAGAGUGAAAAACAUCAUCUCUUCAGACAGUCAUGAUGUCAUCAGGCCUGAGUGGCUUUUAGAGUGUUUUAAAACAAAAACGUGUGUGCCGUGGCAACCUCGCUUUAUGGUUCACAUGUGCCCGGCAACAAAGCAGCAUUUUGCCUGUGAAUAUGAUUGCUAUGGUGACAGCUAUUUUGUUGACACAGAUUUCAAUCAGCUGAAAGAAGUGUUUUUGAGAAUGAAGACACCCAGUGAGCAGCAGACUCCUAAAGAAAUGGCCUCCGUGAUUGCUGACUUAGAAGACCGUUACUCCUGGGGUGACUCUCCUCUGAGCAUGUUUCGUACCUACACCAUUUAUUUGGACUUGUAUGCUGUUAUUAAUGACUUGAGUUCCAAAAUUGAAGCAACGAGAUUAGGUGUUACAGCACUUGAGCUGCGGUUUCAUGGAGCAAAAGUAGUUUCCUGCCUGUCUGAGGGAGUCUCUCAUGUGAUCAUUGGGGAAGAUCAGAGACGAGUUACGGACUUUAAAGUUUUCAGAAGAACUCUUAAGAAAAAGUUUAAAAUCCUGCGAGAACGUUGGGUGACCGAUUCAGUAGACAAGGGUGAAUUGCAGGAGGAAAACCAGUAUUUGCUUUAGAGCCAGCGAGCCAGGGAAAGCAUUAGCUGUGCCAGACAGGAGCAGGUGGUAAUGAUGAAACGGCCAGUGAUAGCAUUUUAUCUCCUAAAUACUUCAAAAGUAUUAGUUACCAGAAGGCAAUAAUUUUCAGAUAGAAAAGAAACUGAAUGGGCCAAAGGGGGGGGGGGAAGCACCUUUUCUUAACUAAGUUAUAACCAUGAAUACAAUGACAGUUCCAAGAGGUGCUUGUAUGGUAUCUAUAGAGAAGCUAGAAUUUUGAUUCAGAUAUUAACGAAGUGUAUUUGGAAGCUUUUGUAAUCAUCACAACUAUUGACCUUCUAAAUAGAAUCUUUCAGAGUUAAAAAUUAGAAUUGUAUUUAGCUAAUAAAAGGAUUAUGCCAAAAAAACAAAACAAAAAACCCAGAAUCGUUAACAGUUAGACUUAUAAAAUUAAGUCUUUUUAUUGAGGGUUCAAAUGCCUCCUGGAAGCAUGAAAUAUUUAAUAAACAGAUGUCUUUUAAGGUUAUAGUCAAGUAAAUUAAUAGGUAUGAUUUUUGAAAAUAUGGGAGAAGUUGAAAGAGAUUCAUCUAACUACUUGAGAUAUUAAUUAAUUUGAUUUAAAAAGAACCAUUGCAGUUUUAAGUCAGCUUCGAUUUGAUUUUUCUGAAGAUGUCUCAGAGAGAAGUGUUUUUGCGUGAAUUUGCACUCCAGCCUUUACCUUGUUCACAGGACUUGUCUUCUUUUGACGAUCCAUUAGCUGCCCUUACAGUGAGCAUGUUGUGACUUUUAUUAGAGAGAGUCCAGGUGUUUGACUUUUAGAGAAGUCACAGUCAUGUGUGUAUUAAAUCCUUGCUCAGAAAUGUGUUUCCAUGGCAGCACUGAAAUGGAGGAAUGUGGGACUCGAGAAAUGGGUAUAAAUGAUGUGAAGUAAUUAGUCUUUUUUAAGCAAUUGAAGAAAUGUUUCUGAUUAUUAUAAUUUAAAUACAAUUAUUAAAUAUUUAUUGUAAUACCACAAUAAGGUAUUUUUUUUGUUU